AUGGCCCCGAAAUGGCAGUCUGUGCUCCUGCCUCAGUCCAAGAAACCCAAAUCGGUUCCUGCCGCGAAGCUGAAGGACAAGUCUGCUGCCUCUCUCGGCCUGCCGAAGGGAGAAAAAGAACAGCAAGAAGCAACUGAACACAUUGAUGAAGCACAAAAUGAAAUAGACAGACUUAAUGAACAAGCCAGUGAGGAAAUUUUGAAGGUAGAACAAAAAUAUAACAAACUCCUCCAGCCAUUUUUCCAGAAGAGGUCAGAAUUGAUCGCCAAAAUCCCAAAUUUUUGGGUAACAACAUUUGUCAACCAUCCACAAGUGUCUGCACUGCUUGGGGAGGAAGACAAGGAAGCUCUACAUUACUUGACAGAGUUGACAGAAUUUGAAGACAUUAAAUCAGGUUACAGAAUAGAUUUUUAUUUUGAUGAAAAUCCUUACUUUGAAAACGAAGUUCUCUUCAAAGAAUUUCAUCUGAAUGAGAGUGGUGACCCAUCUUCAAAGUCCACUGAAAUCAAAUGGAAAUCUGGAAAGGAUUUGACAAAAUGCUCAAGUCAAACGCAGAAUAAAGCCAGCAGGAAGAGGCAGCCAGAGAGCUUCUUUACCUGGUUCACUGACCAUUCUGAUGCAGGUGCAGAUGAGUUAGGAGAGGUCAUCAAAGACGAUAUUUGGCCAAACCUCUUGCAGUACUAUUUGGUUCCUGAUAUGGAUGAUGAAGAAGGAGAGGCAGAAAAUGAUGAUGAAGAGGAGGAAGGCUUGGAAGAUACUGAUGAAGAAGGGGAUGAAGAUGAAAGUGAAGAGGAUGAAGAUGAUGACGAAGGGGAGGAAGGAGAGGAGGAUGAAGGCGAGGAUGACUAGCACAGAAGUCUGAUGGAUUCCAACCCUCUUUUUUAAAAUUUUCUUUUAUUUUUAAUUUUCUCCAGUCCUUGGGAGCAAGUUGC